CGAUUGUCAUGCCUGAUGAAGCUGCCUGCUGUUGUUCGUUCGUGGCAAUUAUUUUAAAAUUGUCUUAAACUAUUCAUAAAGGUGGAGCACGCAAUGCAUGAGCCUGCAAGGAGGCCGUCCGUAUCCGGCGGCACAAGCACUGCCGAAAAGCUUUGCUUUGACAAAAAUGAGUUUAUGAAGGAAAAUUUCUCCGUGGACGAGUUUUUGCACAAGAAUCGAAAUGCACCUAGCUUGGAGCAGCUGCGCGAUAACCUGGGCCUCUAUUUGAAAGGACUGCGCGCUGCCAUGAUUGAUCUGAUCAAUGAGGACUAUGCAGAUUUUGUAAAUUUGAGUGCCAAUCUGGUGGGUUUGGAUAACUCCAUUAAUACCAUACAACGCCCGCUGGAGCAAGUCCGCAGUGAAAUUGCUGGCAUACACAGCCUGAUCGAGGAUAAUGUGGUUGAGCUGCGCGCGCAGCUGGAGGAGAAGCGCCAACUGCGUGAAUUUCAUCGCAGUUUGCAGAGCCUAAAAAAGGUGUAUGAGAUCAUUGCAAAGCUGCAGGAGUUGAUUUCCAACAAGCUGAGCGGUGAAGAACCCACCCAGGUUGUAGACUUGGAGCGUGCCGCCCUCGACUUGAUACAGUUGAAGUUUCACGAAAAGCACUGCGGCGCUCAGCUGGGCAAUGAGCAGAUGUCCACAAUCCAGCAGGUUGAGGAGCAAGUGCAUCAGCAAUUACGUCGUUUCUUUAACGAUUCACUGCAGCAGGCGCGCAACGCGGCCCCAGAGCACUUGGAGCGCUGUCUGCGCAUCUACAUCACGCUGGAUGCAUGCAGCCGUGCGGAGCGUGCCUUCCGCGAAGAUGUUGUUGCGCCCUAUAUGAGCAGCAUCAUUGGCGAGCAGCAGCUGCAGAAUUCACCACAGGGUCUAGCUGGCAUUUAUAGCAAGAUAUUAAACUUCAUAUCACUGCACAUGGCAGAUUUGCUGCGGCUAACGCUUUACUCGGACAAACUGUGCGGCUUUAAUUUUGUGGUCAACAGCUUCUGGGCAGACGUUGAGAUGCGUCUGGAGCUACACAUGAAUUCGAUAUUCGCGCCAGGCAAUUCGGAGGUGUUCUAUGUCAAAUACAAAUGUACACGCGACUUCCUGGCCAAGAUUGAGGAGUUGCUUACGAGCAGCGGCGAACAGGCUGUUGCCUCCUAUCGCCAGCACAAGCAAACCAAGAGCUUUGAGGCGCGCUGGAAUCUGCCCGUUUACUUUCAAAUAUGCUUUCAGGAAAUUGCCGGUCGCCUUGAGUCGCAAUUGGAGCCCUUGCUUAACGAUGACACGUUGCAGCCCCAGCCGGAGUUGGAUGCGUAUCAAUUGAAGCCGUUUAACGCCGCCAAACAGGCCCUAACACGCUGCUGGGCCGAGGGCGUCUAUUUGCCUGAGGUGUUUCCGAAAUUCUACAAGCUUAACGUGCAAAUUAUUUUACGCCUCUCGCGCUGGACCACGGAUGCCAUUAAUGCCGCCAAGAGCAGCAGCUUCACAAAAGCUUACACCAGGAAUCAAUUGCUAAUUGCUUUGCAUGCCGACACGCGUAAGCUGGAAGCCUACUUGCCGGAGCUGCAGCAGCUUAUCACGCAUGCGGCGCCCAAAACGAAGAAUAUGUCUCUAUUCAAGAAUGUUUUGGGCAAGUCCAUAGCUGACUUGGCCGAUACACUGGGCAUGCAUUUGAUCAGCAUACAGGAGACCUUAAAGCAACUGUUAAUCACGGAAUGCGGCACGGAGAAUGUGCGUCAGGUCAACGAUUUGCCACGUCUGUACCGCAAGACCAAUCGCGACGUGCCCACGCGUUGCUCCAGCUACGUGGAACAAAUGCUGCGGCCGCUGAAGGCGUUUGCAGCACAGCACGAGGCCCAGCUUGGCACGCUGGUAGUGGAGCAGAUACUGGCAGAGGUGUGCAGCAACAUAACCAAGGCCUACUUUAAUGUGGUCAGCGAUGUGCUUACCUCCGUGCAGAAAACCGAGGAAUCUUUGCGUCGUCUGCGCAAUCUUAAAAGCGGCGCCUCGUCUAAUGCGCCUGCCAGUGGCAGCACAGCUUCCGUAUCGGAUGAUGAUAAGAUACGCCUGCAGCUGCGCGUUGAUGUUGCCGCCUGGACGCUGGAGCUAAGUAAACUUAACUUUAAGCCCACACAAAUUGACAAGCUGCUUGACCUGUCCAGCAUGGUGGAGGACAGCAUAAAACCAAAAGAGGGCGCAUCGUAGGCGGCAUACAGUUAAACA